AUGGGAUUUGUAGGGCCGCAGUACGCGAAUGUGGGAUUCAGGUACGGGUACAUCGGCGAUCAACCACCGCCCACAGUGCACGCACCUGCGUCUGACGCGACUCCUCCAGUCGCCCCGUCAACCCCAUUCCCCAGCGCGAUCUAUCAGGAAAGCCAGCCAACGGGGCAAGCCCCGCCAGACCCUAGAGAACCAAUAGUGGUCGGAAACCCGGACGUCCACAUCCGCACCCCCGCGCAACCGACCGCAGUGGACGCGACCGGUGUAGGUGGGAAACCACAGGCGAACGCGGGGAACGCGGGACGUGGAGCGUGUGCAGGAGGAAACGCGGGAAGAGGAAGAGGGACUGGUGCAAGGGGAAACGCGGGAGGAGGAAGAGGGACUGGUGUGAGAGGGAACGCGGGAAGAGGGACAGGUGCGAGAGGAAGGGGUGGGAGAGCGAGCGCGGGACGUGGGACCGGUGUGGGAGGGAACGGAGGUAGUGCGAACGGGCGGAGAGCGCCUGGGGUGACAGGCAACGGCGGCAGAGGUAACGGUGUUAACGCGACCGGAGGUACCGGGAACGUGCCAUUGAAACCCGAAAACUACCUUUCGAACUCGCUGUCCGCGCUCAACGAGGAGGAGGCGGAAGACAACGAACCGGUGCGGGGCACGCGAACGGACUUGGAGGUCCCCAUCGCGGAUUGGAACGGGCUUGGUGUGGAGGACACGCCGGCCGCAAAAAGAGAGAUGUGCAUGGGCAUCCUCUACGGUGUCUCUGAGGCCACGCUGAAGAAGUAUCGCGGUUGGGCCAGAGAGUACAAGCUCUUCAUGGCGCACGAGCUGCAGAAAUUGGACGCGAGUAGGUUCGGUGAGGAGGCCUCGUUGAGAAACGCGAACCUAGACGAGAUCGGGGCCGCGCUCGAGCAGAACAUGGGUGGUGACUGGAAGAUGGCGGAGGGCGACGUGCAGUGGUUCCACGGCCCCGAGACGAAUCCGUGGUGCUUACGCAAAUACGUGACCUUCCUCGCGAACGAGAUGGUCGCACAGGCGGACAGGAUGGCCACCCUCAAGCGGCCCAACAAGACCUUGAAGAAGAGACGCCAGUGCUCCACUGCAAUGCUGAUGGGGCGUCUCAAGGCUUUGAACCUCCUCAUCAAGCUGGACGGGGCCAUCUUCAGGAAGCCCGUUCUAAACCUGCUACGCGACUUUGCGGAGUGUCGCAUCUGGGUCCGCGUUCAACCCCCCCCUCUCGACUUCACGGAACCCUCAACGUGGUACGACCAGUACCUCUUCUUCCCCCUUCGCACGGGCAUAGAGAAGCAAAUACCGUCCACGACUCAUCACGACUGGGCGGCGAAGAUUCUGGGGGACGCGGGAAUCACAUACUCGCCUGUGGUUCACGCGACGAGAGCUGGUGGGGCUCAGCACUCGUCCGCGGACGGAAUGCCCUCUGAUCAGCUGGCAAGACUGGGGGGUUGGCGCUUCAUUGACGUGAUGACUAAGCACUACCUCACAACUAUUCCGAGGGAGGCCGUGCUCCUGAAGGCUGGCUUCACAGGUGUUGAUGGUGACUACUUCAUAGGUCGCGCAACUGUUCCGGUGAGUGAGAAGCUGGAGAAGCAAUUGAGGAAGCACAUUUUCCCCUGGGCCGCACUGGUCAAAGGACAGAAACAGUGCCAUGAUUACAACGGGAAGAUGGUCAGCGAGGACAAGGCGGAGAAGCAGGACACCGCGGGUCUAAACAUACUGAAGGAGCUGGAUAGGGAGGCUAGGAUGGCGGUCACGCAAGACCUGACCAUGUAUUACAUCCACCAACCGUGA